AUGAUAAAUGAAACUGUGUGGAGAAUCAAGAUCCCCAACGGAGUGGCCGCUCCCCUCUGUGCCGGCGACAAAGAUGUGAAGUUUUACAUUGUCAGUAACUGUAUUGGAACUUCACAGUCGACUGCUUCUCAGGUGGUCAUUCGUGACAGCUUCUUUGUUUUCACCAACUGCACGGGAGGUUUUCGCGCAGUGGCUGCUAAACAAGACAUGAAUGAAAGUGGCGAGGCGAAUGCAAGUAAUCAGCCAAUCUCCACGUGGAAUGACUUAACUGAGGCCAAUUGUUCAUUCGAGACAACUACGUCUGAUGACUAG